UGUUAAAACUGCGAUGGAAUUGUUCCAAAUAAUUUAAGUGAGUUCAAAAUUCCCAAUUCCCCAAAUGUCGAAGAAUUAGGGAUUGCGAUUGCGAGCAUGAAGAAAAGCAGACCCUCCUCGCCUUCGGCAGAAACCAUAGCCUACAAUCACGACCUUCUCACCCAAAUCCUCAUAAGAAUCCCUCCAAAACAUCUCCUCAAACUCAAAUUAAUCUCUAAACAAUGGCGUUCCCUUAUUUCCAGCCUCCAAUUCUCUCAUUCCCACUCUCUUCACCACCAGAACCGAGGCUUUCUAACCCCAUCAGCCCUCUUUCUAGGCAUCGGCAACUACUACAGACCUCCCUUUGAAUUACCCGCUCUUCCCUUAACUCCUGAUACCAGACUUCCCGUCUUGGAUUUCAUUGUUGACCCACACUUCAAAAUCCUCCAAUCUUGCAACGGCUUGCUUUUGGGUCACUUUUAUUACAAUAUUAAUGAAAGGUUGAGGUACUUCAUCUGCAAUCCAACAACCCGUAAGUUCAAAAUGAUUUCUUUACCUGUUUCUCAAUUGGGUUCUUUGCGUGCUGUGAAUUUAGCCUUUGAUCCUAUGAAAUCACCUCAUUAUAACAUCAUUUGUGUAAGGAAAUUGCCUUCUCCAAAUAGAAGGUUCGGUCUGUAUAUCUAUUCAUCAAAGUCUGAUGAAUGGGAUUCUUCUUGGAUUAGUUUUCGGGCCAACGAGUAUAUAAGGUUUGACCAUGGUGUUUUCUGUAAUGGGGUCUUUCAUUGGAACAGUAACGGUAGGAAAUCUUUGCGGUUUGAUUUGGAGAAUAAAGUGUUAAAGAAAAUGCCAAUGUUGGCUCCUAUGUUUCAAGCUCCGCAAGGCUCGGAGGAUGAGGAUAGUCGAUAUUUUGGGGAGUCUAGGGGCCAUUUGCAUCUUGGAGUUACAUACAUGCCACUUUGUUUUAAAUUUAAUAUUUUCGAGAUGGCGGCUGAUUAUUCUCAUUGGUUUCUUAAAUACUGUCUGAACCUGGAUGAUACUAUGAAAGCUUUCCCUGACUUGAGGUUACCUGUUGUUGAUAUCUAUUAUGGAUUCCAUGUUUUAUCUGUUAUCCGAUCUGAAGGUGAGGAGUCAAAAGUUGUGAUUCUCGUGGAUUAUAAAGCAAUUUGCUAUGAGCUUAAGAAUGGGGUUUUGCUAAAUGUUUACGAGCUAAAGCAGUGUCCGGAGACUCUCAAUCGGUGUCCAUUGAAUUAUAUUGGAAUUCAAGUCUAUCAAUAUUUUGAGACACUCUCGUGUGUUUGAGGGUCUAGCAAACUUAUACUAUGAUUGGAUGCGGAUCAAUCUUCUCAGGUCUUAUUUUAGUAAAUAAUCUAGUUUUUAUGUUGUAUGCUUAACAUUGUGGUUACAUAAAGUUGCAGUUAUAGGAGUUGGGGUGAUAGUGUUCUCAUCACUAAGGAAUUUUUACCUGUAUCAAGUGAAAUUAGCAAUCUAGUUUGCCUGUUCAUAUUUA